UGUCAAUUGAUUAUGUUUUUCUUUAUUAUAGGUUAAUUAGAUGGCUAGUAACGAGGAUCAAACACAUGAUGAUGCUAUUGAUGAUGGAGAUCAUGAGAACAUUGUUGAUCAGGAAGCGGAAAUUAGAAGAGGAAUAACACUUAUGAAGAGAGUCAUUCGUGAUAGAGACCGAGGCAUACUAUUAGAUGCGCAUUGGAGCGAAAGUGGCCUACUAAUUGAGCCUAACGGUUCAAAGAUUACAAGUUUUAUUGGUGCACUCGUAAGGAAUGCAAUUCCAAUUACUUGUGAUGAUUGGAGAGAUACAAAUUUGGAAGAAGCUAAAGACAAACUUUGGAUUGAGAUACAGAGGAGUUUCAACAACAUGGAGGAUAAUAGAAGAAAAAUUUGUCUUAGAUUGGCCGGAAGACUACUAAGAGGGUUUAGGACUUUUUAACUAGGAGAUAUCUUAUGGAUGC